AUGGCCGCCGCUGUGCAGCUGCUCCGCGGGGCUGCCUGGGGCCGGCCCGCCCUCGCCGCCGCCGCCGCGGGCCGCCGUGCGCUGAGCUCCGCGCCGCCCUCGGGGACGGCGGGCUGGGGGCGGCGUCACUCGGCACUGGCGGCGGCGGCGGCGGCGGGGGCGCUGGGCGGACUGGGGCUGGGGCUGUGGCGGCGGCGGGCGGCGCUGGCGGCGGGGGAAGGCGAGCUGGGGAAGGCGGAGGAGGAGGAGGAGAUGCGGCGGCUGUGCCAGCGGUUCAUGGCGCCGCCGGUGAGCGGGCCGCGGGAGCUGUGGCGGCGGCGGCGCGACAUGCGGGGCCGCAUGGAGCUGCUCAUCAUGGAGACGCAGGCGGAGGUGUGCCGCGCCCUGGCGGCGCUGGACCGCGGCGCCGCCUUCGCCGUCAACACCUGGGAGAGGAAGGAAGGCGGCGGCGGCAUCAGCUGCGUGCUCCAGGACGGCCACGUCUUCGAGAAGGCAGGCGUCAACGUGUCCGUGGUGUUCGGGCACCUUUCCGCAGAAGCUGCGCAACAGAUGAAAAGCAGGAAAACUCUGAAGGACAAAGACGGGAAACUGCCUUUUUGUGCUAUGGGUGUAAGUUCUGUUAUCCAUCCAAAGAAUCCUCAUGUUCCAACUGUGCACUUCAACUACAGAUACUUUGAAAUUGAGGAAGCAGAUGGGACUAAACAAUGGUGGUUUGGUGGUGGCACUGACCUCACUCCGACUUACUUGAACAAAGAAGAUGCUGUGCAUUUUCACAAGACUUUGAAAGAAGCUUGUGAUAAGCAUGAUCCAAAGCUGUAUCCCAAGUACAAGAAAUGGUGUGAUGACUAUUUCUAUAUCAAGCACCGUGGUGAACGAAGAGGGAUUGGAGGCAUAUUCUUUGAUGACCUGGACUCUCCCUCCAAAGAGGAAGUAUUCCAGUUUGUGCAGAGUUGUGCCAAAGCCAUCGUGCCUUGCUACAUUCCCAUUGUCAAGAAGCACUGCCAUGACCCCUUCACGCCAGAGGAAAAGCUAUGGCAGCAACUUCGCCGGGGGCGGUAUGUGGAGUUCAAUUUGGUUUAUGACAGAGGUACAAAAUUUGGCCUUGCAACACCAGGAUCAAGAAUUGAAAGCAUUCUUAUGUCUUUGCCACUGACUGCAAGGUGGGAAUACAUGCACACCCCGCCAGAGAAUUCAAGAGAAGCAGAAAUCCUGGAAGUCCUGCGCAAUCCAAAAGACUGGGUGCACUGAUGCAUAUCAUGAAGAAGACUGGAUUACUUAUACUAUCCAUUAAGAAAGAAUAAGAACACCACAAACCAGCUCACCCAAACUGCCAUUGCAUGGCAUUUUAAGAUAGCCGGUGCCUUAACAAUGCUGUAGACAUUUGUUAUAAGUUGCAAAUAUGUGAAGUAAUUCUUUAAGAGCUAGUUGAAGAGCUCAAGUUGCUAUUUGUCCCCCCACCCCGCCAUUGAUGUUGCCUUGUGAAGGACUGGUGAUACGCUCACAGGACCAGUGUGCAUGUUCCAAGAACUUCCUCAACUGAUCUGUCUGACUGCAAAAUGAUCAACUACUGUGAAUUGUUCUCAAGUGAAAUGAAAGCAUUUUCUGCACCGAAAAAAAGCGCUUUUUCCAAAAUAUGUGCUGAAUGGCACUGCUUAGACUUGGAAAAAGAUUAGGGUGAUUUGGAAAUAUAUUUUUUUAAAAGAAUAAAGGGUAUAUUUGGUAUGA